AUGAGGUUAAAUUUCAGCGAGCCACCCACUCCGACCUUGAGUCGUCAAAACACUACAAUACAAGGUCAUCAUCAACGGCGUGGUACUCAUCCCCAUCGGCUGUCAUCGCGGGCAAAGCCAAGAAGAUGGCCGCUUGUCUUCCGCUUUAUCAAAGGUGCCAUCCAUGGUGCCAUAUUAGUCCCGGUCUUUCUGCAUGCUGUAUUCACAGCUCUGAUUGUUUACUUGGACACAUACGUAUUCGAGACUGUCGGUCUACCUAGCACUAUCAUCCCAUCUUUAUCUAUUGUCGUAGGUCUGAUGCUUGUCUUCCGCAACCAAACAUCCUACAAUCGAUUCUGGGACGGGCGGAACGGAAUGAACACGCUCAACACAUGCGUGCGUAACCUCGUCCGCACAAUCGCAACAAAUAGCUACAACUCAAAGCGGGGACCACCCACCGCCGCAGAGCGCGAAGAUAUCGAGCGUACUGUUCGAAUUCUCAUGGCUAUCCCAUAUGCCGUGAAAAAUCAUUUACGCGCUGAAUGGGGCGCUGCUUGGGUCUUUGGUAACGCCGUCGACGAGACUCUGAACAUGCAUCCGUCCACCCUCUAUAACCCUGAAUAUGCCAACCUGUUACCUGCGGGCCUUGAGGGCCAUGAAGAUGAGGGAUUAGGUCUCCCUUUCCAGUUGACUUUCUUUAUUGAUGGGUUUAUCAAGCGUGGCGAGGAGCGUGGUUGGUAUCCUGCGCCUGGUGCUAGUCAGAUGCAGGCUCAGUUGAAUACCUUAACUGAUGCAUAUGGGAAGAUGGAAACGAUCAAGUUGACUCCGAUCCCAGUGGCUCAUUUGAUUCACCAAAAGCAAGUCCUUGCCCUGUUUGGCUGCGUGUUACCGUUUGCUAUGGUCGAUGAGAUGGGAUGGUGGGCAGUCCCCAUUGUCAGCCUUGUGAUCUUCACACUCUAUGGUAUCGAAGGAAUUGGCUCGCAGUUGGAAGAUCCCUUUGGCUACGACAGAAACGACAUCAAGAUGGAUGCUAUUGUCGGUGACUCCAAGACUGAAAUCGAUGUUGUUUUGGCUGAGUGGCGUACGCACUCGAAAGCUAUGGAGGCAUUGAAAGAACAGCCCGCUGGUGCAGUUCAUGGUAAUUUAUGCUUAACGCCUGAUCGAAAUGAAUCUGGAAACGGAAGUGUGGACGGGAAGUAUACGCCUCCGGACUUGUUUUUGAGGUUGAGGCCGAGUACUGGUAGGUGA